UCCGAUCUCAUCUCCUCUCGCCCCACCACAGCCACCGACCACCCCAGAAUCGCAUCCAACUCUACCCCGCAAUCUCAGCUCGAGAAACCCAACCGACCAAAUGGGCAUCCCCACCGCAGCCAUCAUCGUCAUUGUCGUCGUCGCCUGUCUCGCCGCCGUCUCACUCGGCGCUGCCCUCACGAAACAAUGGUUUCCCUACCACACCGAGGAUCGAUGUAAUUAUCCGCGCGACCAGGAACUCUACAUGCGCUCGGUGAGGUUGAAGAAUCUAGACAGGUUUCAGAGGGAGUCGCGGGGUGGGCACCAUUAUAAUGCGAAUCGGGAUGUCGAGGGAGGAUAUCCGGAGACGGGGAGUGGGUCGAGGUAUUGAUCAUUUGAUUUUAUAUGUUAUGGGGGCGUUAGAGAAUCUGCUUAUAUGGUGAGUCGAUUGAUUGUCUCUUGGGUUAGAAUGGGUGCUGAUUUG